AAUUUUCUAUAUAUUGAAAGAUCCAAACUUUUCACAAAGAGAUUUGCCGUUAUCUUCUCUCUAUACCUAUCCACCUAAAUUCUUCGACAUAUAUUUCUCUGAUCAAAUUAGAGCUUCUUUUUUGUCACAAAUUCGAUUUACCCACUCAACAUGGUUUCCGAUUCUAUUAUCAAUGCUUCAAUCCCUGUUGCUUCCUCUAAUCCCAAAGAUUUCGCCAAGAAAAAACGGGCUAAUCGGUCGGCGAAGUUGAAGCAGUGCAAGCUUGAUGCUCGACGUGAACAAUGGCUCUCACAAGUGAAGAAUAAAGGCUCCAGACAGGAACUUAAUGGUGGGGGAGGGGCUUGUGGGCAGGGAAUGCAGGUUACUAAUGAAAGAGGCCAAUUGAUGGAGAAGUUAGCUAUAAAGCCGAGAGGAGAGGCAGAGGAAAAUGGGGGUUACACGAGCACGUACAAUGAUUUUGAUUCACCUUCUAAUAGCCCCACCAGCCACACUAGUAGUUUGUUGGAAGGAAAUGAUUCUGGGACCAAUUUCACAGGUGGCAGCAGCAGUAGUAACAGUAGUAGCAGUGGUGGAUGUUGCUCACGAAGUAUGAGUGAGGAAGAUAACGAAGGGGAUGAUGACUGCUUGGAUGAUUGGGAAGCUGUUGCUGAUGCUUUAGCUGCCACUGAUAAGAAGCAGGAGCAGCUUAACUCUAGCUUGGAUUCAGCUCCAGAGAGGGAUGACAAUGUGGUGCAUAUGAGUUCUCAGCAAGAAGCUUCUGACCCGAAGGUACCAGCAAAGGAUACGUCACAGCAGAAUCCCAAGGGCAGAGGAGCAGUACCUGGAUCUCCUGUCGGCAUUCAUGCAUGGAGGCCUAAUGAUGCAUUCCGUCCACAGAGUCUUCCGAAUUUGUCGAAACAGUAUACAUUCCCUAUGAAUUCGGGGCGGCAUUACCGAGGAGGCUCUGUAUGGGGAUGUAAAAGCUUAUCAAUACCCACAUCAUGUCCCAUAUGUUGUGAGGAUUUGGAUUUCACAGAUACAAGUUUUCUCCCUUGUCCUUGCGGGUUUAGGCUUUGUCUCUUUUGUCACAAGAGGAUUCUUGAGGAUGAUGGGCGGUGUCCAGGUUGCAGGAAGCAGUAUAAACAUGACCCAAUUGAGGGAGAGACAACCAAAGAUGCAGGCUGCCUGAUUUUUCGAGCGGCUCGUUCUUGUAGCAUGAUCUCAAGGUCGUAGGGAGAUUUUGUUUUCUGUGAAUGUGUAUGUUGUGUUCCUCUUUCUCUGUGUGGCUUGACUUUGUCAGACUCCAAUUUUUUUUAGCACUAGAUGUUGAUAUAGGAUCGAGAUUCUGAAAGCACUGGGGAACUGUUACGGUUCUCUUAUAAUUUUUCUCAUUAUAGAUAUGAUGCUUGUGCUGAUGUAGAAGACUCGUUAUGUGAAUAGAUAAGGUGGAUAAAGGUUAGAUAGACUGAAUUCGAUGGUAUAAAUGUCCUUGUCUCUUUGAGCACUGUUUCACUUUCUAUCAGAUUACCAUGAAUAAACAUGAGAACAAUGGGACAUCAAUCUUUGAAUGAAUAUCUUUCUUUCUGAACA